ACAGUUAAAUAAACUGUGGUGGCCUCCUACGACUGUGCUUUUCGAUGAUAGAAAACAGCAUACAGACAUUAAAGGCAAUCAGCGACGAAAUAUAUUAUGUGACCCUGAAAUCACUACUAAUGCUAGCUAACAUUUAGCAGGUCAAGAACAUGCUUGGUCAGAACAUGGCAGAUGGUGAAGGAUAUGUCGUCCGUGUGCGAGGUCUACCCUGGUCUUGUUCAGUGGAUGAAGUUCAGCGUUUUUUCUCAGAAUGCAAAAUUGCAAACAAUGGCAGCAACAUCCACUUUACAUAUACAAGAGAAGGACGACCCAGUGGAGAGGCCUUUGUGGAGUUUGAUUCAGAGGAAGAUUUGAAAAUAGCCGUGAAGAAAGACAGAGAAACAAUGGGCCACAGAUAUGUGGAAGUGUUCAAAUCAAAUAAUGUAGAAAUGGACUGGGUCCUGAAGCACACAGGUCCUAACUGUCCAGAGACUGCUGGGGAUGGCCUGGUGAGACUGAGGGGUCUUCCCUUUGGAUGCAGCAAAGAAGAAAUUGUUCAGUUUUUUGCAGGGUUGGAAAUCGUGCCAAAUGGGAUAACAUUGCCGGUGGACUUCCAGGGGAGGAGUACGGGGGAGGCCUUCGUGCAGUUUGCUUCACAGGAUAUAGCUGAAAAGGCUCUAAAGAAACACAAGGAAAGAAUAGGGCACAGGUACAUUGAGAUCUUCAAGAGCAGCCGUGCAGAGGUGCGGACGCACUAUGAGCCUCAGCGAAAGCCCAUGGGCAUGCAGCGCCCUGGGCCCUACGACCGGCCAGGCGUUGGCCGGGGCUACAACAGUCUCGGCCGUGGAGGCUCGUUUGACCGCAUGCGCCGUGGAGGAUACGGAGGGGGUGUAUCAGAUGGCCGUUACAGUGAUGGCGGCUCAUCCUUUCAGAGCACGACAGGCCACUGCGUUCACAUGAGGGGACUCCCCUACAGAGCCACCGAGACAGACAUCUAUAAUUUCUUCUCGCCACUGAAUCCUGUCCGGGUCCACAUAGAGAUCGGACCAGAUGGCCGGGUCACUGGCGAAGCAGACGUAGAAUUUGCCACGCAUGAGGAUGCAGUAGCCGCCAUGUCCAAGGACAAAGCCAACAUGCAGCAUCGCUAUGUAGAACUAUUCCUGAACUCAACAGCAGGGGGCAGCAAUGGUGGUUAUGGCAGCCAGAUGAUGGGAGCGAUGGCCAACCAGUCAUCCUACGGGUCCAGCAGUCAGCAGCUAGGCUCUGGCUACAGUGGAGGCUUCAGCAGUCAGAACAGUAUGGGAGGCUACAGAGACUACAGUAACCAGGGCGGGAUGAACAGCAGUUACUAUGGUGGCGGUAGCCGUGGCUCCAUGGGCAUGAAUGGCCUGAACAGUGGGAUGAGCAUGGGGGCAGGGUGGGGGAUGUAGCCGUGUUUUCUCCCCCUCUCACCUGUCAGUGCUGGGUCACACUAGGGAAUUUCCCGCAAUGGCGGGACUGUCAUCUGAAAUCCAAGUCUCUUCAUUUUUGGUGGUAAUGGCGAAUUUUGGCCUGAGGUUGACAUGUUACAUGGUUUAUUUACUGUGUGUGGGAAAGCUCCAACACAUUAUGGUUGAGAAGAGGAAUGCUUUGUCUAAGGACUUUUGUACAGUUUCAUGUAAAUUUAACCCAUCUAUUUAAUGGUGUCCUCCUUAUCCUAGUUGCUCUUGUAGUUACUUAAAACAGUGUUACAAUGAGAAACAUUUUGCUUUUUCUGGCGUGUACGACCGUAAACCUUUUCUGUUUUUAGUCAACAUAGCUAAAUUCUGUUAAGGUUUACACUCUGAAUCACUUGAGCAGUUUUAUAGUACGAGAGGGUUAGUUUUUAAGUAUUCGUUUGGAGAACUUUGGAAGGGAAAGUGUAAGUGAUAAAAACUUAGUUAAGAUAAAAAAUAAAAAAACAGGUUUUAAAUGUGUUCUUGUUUCCAGUCUUUCCUGUUCAAUUUUUUCUAUGUCCUCCAUAGUGUUGUCAUUCUCCAUUAUGAUGCACUGCACAAAUAAAAAAUUGCAAAAUAA